AACCUUCCCUCGCGUACCGGGUUCAAAUUCAGCGCAGAAAGUGAAACAAUUCCAACACGUUUGUUGAUGUAGCGAACAUUUCCUUUUUUUCCAUUGCAUACGAUUAUGCGCCUCGGACAUUUGGGAAAAAUCGGAAUCGGCUGGGGCAUCAUCAGUGUGCUAGGCAUUGGAGCGUUCGUCGCAUCGAAAAAUUCGGUCGACAAGAAUCGCUACGAGAAUAUGAAAAUUCGCGAACGAAUGCGCCAAUCGAACGUGGGUCAAUACGAAGUCAAGGAAGCGCGACGGUUCGACGCAUAAGAGAAACAACCGAAACUCCCAGGAGCCUACCCCGCUUGAAAGAGGCAGCAAACGCAAUAUCAAUCGACAAUUUUGGAUAACUUGUGGUUAGUUGUGAAAGCAAGAAGCAAACACCUCAACCGGCCACACCAUGAGCAUGCCCCAGCUGGACGCGGCCCAGCAGGCCAAACUGCAGCUGAUGCAGGAGAUGGAAAUCGAAAUGAUGUCGGAUCUGUACAGCCGCAUGACACAGGCUUGCCACAAAAAGUGUAUCCCACCAAAGUAUGCCGACUCGGAGCUGGGUAAGUAACUUGAGGGGGUCGCGAACAACGGACACAAGAAGACUAUUCGCCGCUAACGCAUCGAUUAUUUCACAACUCCACAGGAAAGGGAGAAUCGGUGUGCAUUGACCGGUGUGUGGCAAAGUACCUGGAGGUGCACGAACGCAUCGGCAAGAAGCUGACGGCAAUGUCAGCGCAGGACGAGGAUCUGAAAAAGAAGAUGGGUGUGUAGAAAGGGUGAGCUCGAAGGCAAAGGCACUGUUAGAGUUAAAUCCGUACCCGCAUGUUAGCCACCACGUGUGUUGAUUCGUUUUUUUUUACUUUUUAUUCAUUCAUUACUUACUCAAUGGUAAGCAAUAUUGGUAGCAGCAGUUCAGGGAGGGUUGGGAACCGCGUAUGUUAGUUUUCAGUUGAUCAUUUGAUGCGCAUUUCGUCGUCAGCUCAUUUUGACUUGUAUUCAUCUAUUCGGGUUGCUCGUCCGAUGCCACACAGUUGCAGCGUAGAUUACAUUACAUAUGCUCGAAAUCGAUAGACUCGCGAGAAUAGAUGAAUAAAGCAAUGGAUUGACAGAGAGAAAAAGAAA